AUGCUUCGGACCGCCGGCCUCUUCCUCCUGUGGGCCUCCUCUUCCUCCCUUAUCGUCGCGGGGUUCCCGGUGGCCAAAGAGAAGCAGAAGGUGCUGCUCAUCUCCUUCGACGGGUUCCGGUGGGACUACGACCAGGACGUGGACACGCCGCACCUGGACCAGAUGAGCCUGGACGGGGUGAAGGCGCCCUACGUCACGCCGGCCUACAUCACCAUCACCAGCCCCGCGCACUUCACCCUCCUCACCGGCCGAUAUAUUGAGAACCACGGGGUGAUCCACAAUAUGUGGUUCAACACCACCACCUCGGCCAAAAAGCCCUACUACCUGACCCAGUUCGUGGACGAGUGGUGGGACAACGGCAGCCUCCCCAUCUGGAUCACCGCCCAGAGACAGGGCCUGAAGGCGGGUUCGCUGCACUUCCCCGGGACGGCCUCCUCCUACCAGGGGGAGGUGGCCUCUGUGCGGGAGGGCCUGAAGGCCGGUUCGCUGCACUUCCCCGGCACGGCCUCCACCUACCAGGGGGAGGUGGCCUCGGUUCGGGAGGUGGAGCCCAUGCUGUACGACUACGGAAACGAGACGGCCUGGCGGCAGAACUCCGACCGGGUCAUGGGCUGGUUCCGGGACCGGGACCUGGACUUCGUCUCGCUCUACUUCGGGGAACCUGACGGCGUGGGUCACAAACACGGUCCGGACUCCCCCCAGCGCCGGGCUAUGGUCCAGCAAGUGGACCGCACCGUGGGCUACAUCCGCCAAUCGGCGGAUCGCCACGGCCUUAGCGACCGGCUCAACAUCAUAGUUACGGCCGACCACGGGAUGAGCACGGUGUACCGGGGCGCAGGGGUCCAGGAGAUAACCCUAUCCCGCAUCCCCGGGUUCUCCUUCCGGGACCUGGACUUCCACAUGGUGGACUACGGGCCGUCGGGGAUGCUGCUGCCCAAAGAGGGGCGCCUGGAGAAGGUGUACGGAGCCCUGAGGGACGCCCACCCGCACCUGCACGUCUACCGCAAGGAGGAGGUGCCCGAGAGGCUGCACUUCGCCAAGCAUGAGCGGAUACUACCCAUCGUGCUGUGGGCCGACCCCGGAUACGUCAUCAACGGGGUGGGUCCCAGAGGAUAG